AAACAAUCAGCCAUCGCUACGCUCUGUUUGACCUGCGCGUUGCUUCAAAACAAACAUUACCUGCCAACCUGCUACCUACCAGCCAGAACUUCAAAAUGACUAAACUCGAGCCCGUCCACUUCUUCGACCUCUUCUCAGAUCUCUCAGGUCCCUCCAAAUCAUGGUCGCACAACACGUUGAAGAUCAGAGCAGUGCUGAACUUCAAGGGCAUACCCUACACCCAGAGCUGGAUCUCGUACCCGGACAUCAAACCCCUUGCCAUCAGCCUUGGCCUGCCACCUAAUAAAGAUGGCAGACCUUACACGUUACCUGCAAUAAUUCACAAGUCCUCGGUUACUUCAAAUCCAAGUGGAGCGAUGAUGGAUUCGCUAAAGAUUGCAGCUCAUCUCGAUAAGGUGUUUCCAUCUCCGCCACUAUUCCCAUCCGGUGACGCCAGCUACACACUAUUCGUUGCUGUUAGCAAGAUUGUGAGCCUCUUGGAACCCGGGUUUCGGCCAUUCGUCAUUCCAAGAGUAGUGGAUCAUCUAGAUCCGCGGGGACAGAAGUAUUUCCAUGAAACGCGAUCUGCUGCUCUCGGCAAGCCACUGUCGGAGGUGCGACCAACGGACAAGGACACUAUCGACAGGUUAUGGAGAUUGGUGGAGACUGAGUCAGUUGCCUUGAUCAAAAUGUUGAAAGGCAUGGAGGGAAAGGAAGGGCCAUUCUUCGAGGGCAUGAAGCCUGGGUAUGCGGAUCUGUUUUUGGCCUGUCAAUUGGCAUUUAUCGAGCGCUUCGAUAAGGAGUUGUUUGGAAAAUUCCUGUGUUUAGGCGAUGGUGAGAUUGCGGCUCUGUACAAUGCUUGUCUACCCUGGCUAGAGGGUCAAGGAGAGGAUAAGGAGUGGUUUAUCCCUUCAGAUACUUCAUCCUGA